GUAUUACACGCCAGCCAAUCAAAUAGGGCCGCCAACUGAUAACGAGACGCCCCACAGCAACACUCACACGCAGGUAUAAUGAAUGAAAGUUCUAAACUAAUUGACAAGAAAAGCACAGGUUGAAUCAAUGCCAGUUUAUUCGCUUCUAUGCAUUGUGUAAAAAUGAGUAAAAUUUUCUAUUAAUUGUAAUUAUUUCUACUUCUAGAUAACGUAAUGAAAUAAUUGUCAACACGUCGGGAUGACUAAGGAGCAAAGGACGUGAAUAAGCUGGCAGUGUUUUAAUUAAGCGCGAUAUGGCAAAAGGUUGGUGUGUUUUUUAGGUGUUUCUACUAUGUAUAUGCCCCCUAAGUUUAGGCCCCCUGUAAUCUCAAAUGGAAGUUGUGUAUAGUCGGCCCAGCCAGCUAAUGUAAUUAAUGUACUUUGUUUGUUUGCCUGCCUGCCUGCCUGUUUGCUUGCUUGCAAAGCCCUGCGACCACACUGGCUCCGAUAAAUUUUUCAAUUACUUAUUUUCUUGCGCCGCCGAAAGCCCAUAAAUCCUCCUUGCUCCAAAUCCGGAAUAAAACACAAUUGUAUUUUAUUUUCCGUCAAAGGGCAGAAAGCAAAAGAGUUCGUCGUCGAGCGCGCAAAAUAAUGCAUUCUCUCUCAUUUGAAUUCAAAGAACGGACCCAGUUUUCGCUUUGUAAUACCCAGACUGGUGCUGCUUUGUUUUACUUGCCGUUUUCUUCGAAAUUUGCUGGAAUCCACCGGAAAAAUGUCUCAAUUCUCCCAAAGAGCAAGCAAAAAAAUCGGCCCAACUAAUGCAGCACUGCGUCUGCACGAGUACAUAUCGUGUGCCUAUGCGGGGCAAUUAAGGCUCUUAGCCGGCAACUAAAUUACUUAAAUAAUCGCGUGAUGGGCGGGCCAUAUAAUUUUAUAACGGCGUAAUGGAUUUUGAUUAUUACAACGCAAACCUCAAGGCCAAAGCUGCUUUAUUUUCCCUCGGGUUUAUUACCCGAACUUGCCCCGAUUGUGAAAGCAAACGCGGUUAAAAAUCAGCUAUUAAUCCGCAGCCCAAAACAGGAAACUGCUAAUGAAGAUCGGAAAUCUACACAAAAUCUCCAAUCAAAACCCGAACUAAAAUCAAAAACAGCCCGGCACUCAAGCAGUAGUUUUCACUUGUUAAGUUAGAUUAGUAGUCCAUGUUAGACAUGGUUAGGGGAGCCCAACCGAUGCAGCCAAUUUCCAACGCGAAUUGCUGCAUCUGUUGAACCCACUAACCCCAGCAUCUUCUGAUUCUAAUGUGUAAAAUGCGCAUUUUUCCAUAGCUAUAUUACUGUUAACUUUUGUUAUUUUGUCAUACUUAUAUCGAACAUCAAAACAGAAAAAUAAUCAAAUAAAUUUGUAAAGUUGUC